AUGAGAGACUUACCAGCGUUCCGCGGGGACCGGCGGCUGGAGCGAGUGAAGGCGCCGGUGAUCCGGACGGAGGAGCGCAGGGUGUGGGUGAACGGCAAGCCGCCGACGGGGACAGCCAUCUUCAACACCGACGCGAUGCCGUUGCUGAUCGGGAAGAAGGGGAUGAAGCAGCUCGGUUGGGGCAAAGACAACAUCAUCCCCGACGCCAUGACGCUGGGGCUAGCGGACGGGAAGUCCUUCAAGCCCUUCCCCCUCACCCAAGAGCCGGUAGAGUUUGUUUUCAAAAAGGGGACGGCAGCGGAGACCUCGAUUCGGGCGCGCGCAGUCGUGACGCAGGCGCCAUACGACUUUCUCGUGGGCAACGUUGUGAUGUGGUCGAUGGGAAUGGUAAUCAACGCGUGGCGGGAGCAGGUGCGGUACCGAGUGGGAAGGCGCCAGGGCAGAGAGCACGCGGGCGAGGCACAGGGCUACUUCCCGGUGGACUACGAGCGCGACCUAGGGGCGGAGUUGUGGCCGGUCACAGACGAGGAGGGGCCGCCGGCGCUAGCGGACGCAAGCAACAGCGAGAGCGAGGGCGACGAGGAAGAGGAGAUGCCGAUGCUGCUCGGCCUGGUUGAAAUUUUUGAUGAUGAGAGCGCAACGCAAGGGCCCAAACCGCGAGGAGCCGGAGAAGAGGCGCAUGCGGGGGAAGACAGAGCGUUGGGACCGGCGGGAGGGACAACUGCGAACGGGGACGAAGCCCUAGGAGCAGGAGGAGCGGUCGCCGGCGCAGCUUUUGCGUACUUAGACGAGGUCUACCACGUGCGCGGGGCUGAAACAAGGAGGGUGGGCCCGGUGCGGAACCCGAGAGCGGCCCUGGUCCCGCACGUUGUGGAAGUUGACGAGGCGGGCCGGCGCCCGCUUCCCCCAGGCUGGAGGUACAUGGAAGGGGGGACCCGGGUGGUUCACGCGGGCGCCCUCAGUUUUGACGGACGGCACUGGCGCGGCGAAGAAGAGUGGGAGAUCCAGGACAAGGCCGACGCGCAAUGGUGGAUAGGACCGGAGCGGCUGCCGGCGUUGACGCCGUUUGCGAGCCAGCACAUCACGGUGCUCAGCCUCUUCGCUGGAAUCGGUGCGGAGCUCGAGGGACUACUAAUGGCGGGGAGCCCGGAGGCGCGGUGGGCGUUUGAGCUGAUGGGGCGGGUGUGCUGCAGAGGGCCUGAACGCUGGGUGCGGAUAGACGCGGCGAAAGUGGGGUCGCCGGCGCACAUGGUGCGAGUCUUCGGGACAAACCUGGCGCCCCCAGAAGAGCUGCAGGCACGGUACAGAGAACUUCAACGGGAGUGGUGCAACGACAAGCGGGAGGCGCAUGACGUGCUGAACACCGGGCGGAUAGUUUAA